AUGGAGAGAGGAUCAAUAUGGAAACCUAAUGUUGAAAUGUCACCAAAUUGCCCUCGUUGUGGCUCUUCAAAUACCAAAUUUUGUUACUACAACAACUACAGCUUAACUCAGCCAAGAUACUUCUGCAAAGGCUGUAGAAGAUACUGGACCAAAGGUGGGUCCCUCCGGAAUGUCCCCGUCGGUGGCGGCUGCCGGAAGAACCGAAGAGGUAAGUCCGUAAGAUUAUCCACUGAUGAUGAUCAUCAUCAUCAUCACAACAAUAAUGCAGUUCCUUCAAAGGGUUUCGCAUUUGGGAUUGCAAAUGAAGCCAUUUCUUCACAUUCUAGUGGAAGCGAAAUUAAUAGCAAUACUUCAAGUCCGGGUUCUUCCGGUUCACAUAUUGAUCUUGCUCUUGUUUAUGCAAAUUUCUUGAAUAAUCAACAGCCAGAUAAUUCCAAGGCGAAUAAUUCUUGUGCUUUCGAAUCGAUAAUCCAAGAAUUUCCGGGUGAAUUCGAUCCAUCACUCGAGUUUUGCACAAAUUUGGAUGCUACUACUACCAAUAAUAAUAGAGUUCAAAUGAUACCAGCAGCUGAAGAUCAGAAUUGUAAUAAUAAUGAUCAAAUUUAUUACAAUUCUGUAUUUCAAGAUCAAUCAAUAUUGCCGCCACUGCCGAGUACUGAAGAUCAAAUGUGGCUGAAUUCACAAAUAAUGGUGAAUCUGAAUCAUAAUCAUCAAAGUUUGGAAGCAACAACACCAGAACCGUUGAUUGGACCUGGUAUUCAUCAUCAUCAUCAAGCGGUUCAAGAUCCAAAUCUUUUAUUUGGGAAUUGGAGUCCAUUUGAUUUCUCAAGUGAUGACACUUUCACCAAGACUUGA